AAUUUGAAAACUUAAGGAAAUAAGUCUGAACUUGAGACGGUAGCGCACAAUUUUACAAAUAUGAUGGAGGAAGCACACCCAGUACUGGCAUCUGCUCUUAAUAUUAAUGUUCAGAGCAUCAAGGUAACUGCAGCUGUAAAGAAUGAAGACUCAUUGGUGUUUAUGGUCAAGUCCCAAGAGAUGUUUACCAGCAAGGAGCAUCAUGUUGACAGGAAUUUUGAGGACUUUGCGUGGCUUCAGCGCAGUCUACUAACACAAGAUGAGGUUCCGGGACUCCAAGGGAUUAUCUUUCCACCUCUGCCAGCAAAGCCUUAUGUGUUUCAGUCAAACACACAAGCAAAAAUGAUUAAACAGCUUGGCCUCUUGGGGUUAAGUACCAAUUGGCAGACCUACAGCAAGGCCCUGGAGAAGUACCUCCAGCAGGUGGCAUCACACACCAUGCUGAGCAAAAACCCUGCCCUGCAGACCUUCUUCACCCUGAAGGAGCAGCCGGGGGGAAAUGUAAGACGCAAAGGGAUCCUCAAUCGACUAAGUCAGGCUCUAGAAGAGAUGACAAAGGAGAACCACAAGGAUAUUGAUGAGUAUUUCCAGAGUGAGAGGAGCACCAACUUGUGUCUCACACGCCUAACUAAAGCUGCGACAGAAAAAUUCCUGGAUCUUGUGAUGACACAACAAAAAAUUUCAUUGGCUUGUGGACACCUUUCAACUGCUUUGCAUCUUGGCAUCACACAAGAUGAGGACCCAACAACCACGGAGUUCUCAAAGCUGUGCCUGAAGUUGUCUGAGAUUCUUGAUAUUGUAAAGAAAAACUAUGAAAAUGUUGCUGAAAACAACUUGAAUUCUCUUGGCUCGAUGCUAGACCUGGAUUCACGCUACCAAGAGGCAGAAAAGGAAAUGCUGUUUCGGAGAACAUGUAAACUAGUCGAACUGGAAAAUAUCGGCAAAAACCUUGAGAAGGCCAAAUCAGUUAAGAAAGCAACUCUGGAAGAAACGAAAAAGUCAGUUGAAAAAGAAUUUAAGCACAUUUCUGAUGUGGCCAAACUGGAGAUUGAGAGGUUUCACAGAGCGCGUGUGGAGGCAUUCCAGCAGGAUUUAACAGCCUGGUGUGAGAGUCAGAUUCAGACAGCCAGGAACACUCUUAACUUCCUCACACAGCAUCUUGGUGCCUUCAGGGAGCAUGACAACAUGAAGUAG